GAUUUCUCCCCGAGUGAUACAGAGGAGGGAUUGUUUGUGGUGCAGGUAUGAGGUAACACAAAUUUGCCAAGAGUGAUGUUACAACAAACACUACAUCUGGCCCUGUUGCUUGCUCGGGGCGUUUCGGGAGAGCAGCAGGACGCACGUCCCCCGGAGGAGGGCACGGUUGGAAAUUAGCCUGAGCAAGGAAAGGUCUGGAUCAAAGGCUGGUCACUUUCUAAAGUCAGCUCCCUCCCACCAUUUGACUCUUGUGCUGAGCUGGCCACAGCCUGGAUCGGGACACUCGUAGCAGCCCAGGGAAAAGCAUCAGGGCUUCUCCUGUCUCCAGUAAUAAUGCCAACUGUGGAUGACAUUUUAGAGCACAUCGGGGAAUUUAACUUCUUCCAGAAACAGACAUUUUUCCUCUUAGCUCUACUCUCUGCAGCGUUCACCCCCAUCUACGUGGGCAUCGUCUUCCUGGCUUUCACCCCAGAUCACCGCUGCCUGAGCCCCGGGGUGGCCGAGCUGAGCCGGCGAUGCGGCUGGAGCCUGGCGGAGGAGCUGAACUACACGGUGCCCGGCCCGGGGGCUGCCGGCGAGACCUUCCCCGACCAGUGCCACGGCUACGAGGUGGACUGGAACCAGAGCGGCCUCAGCUGCGUGGACCCGCUGGCCGGCCUGGCCGCCAAUAGGAGUCACCUGCCGCUGGGGCCCUGUCGGCACGGCUGGGUGUACGACACGCCCGGCUCGUCCAUCGUGACCGAGUUUAACCUAGUGUGUGCCAAUUCCUGGAUGCUGGACCUGUUUCAGUCGGCUGUGAAUGUAGGAUUUUUUAUCGGCUCUGUGGGUAUCGGCUACCUCGCAGACAGGUUUGGCCGCAAGCUCUGCCUCUUGGUCACGAUCCUCAUAAAUGCUGCAUCUGGAGUUCUCAUGGCCGUUUCCCCAAACUAUACAUGGGUGUUAAUUUUCCGUUUGAUCCAAGGGCUGGUCAGCAAGGCAGGCUGGUUAAUAGGCUACAUCCUGAUUACAGAAUUUGUCGGGCUGAGCUAUCGGAGAACAGUGGGCAUUGUUUACCAAGUGGCCUUCACCGUCGGGCUCCUGGUGCUGACUGGUGUGGCUUACGUGCUUCCGCACUGGAGGUGGCUGCAGCUCACUGUUACUCUGCCCAACGUCUGCUUUGUGCUCUAUUACUGGUGCAUCCCUGAGUCUCCAAGGUGGCUGAUCGCCCAGAACAAAAGUGCUAAAGCCAUGAGGGUCAUGAAGUACAUCGCAAAGAAAAAUGGAAAACCUCUGCCUGCCUCCCUUCAGAGCCUCAGACCUGAUGAGGAAGUUGACGAGAAGCUGAAUCCUUCAUUUCUUGACUUGGUCAGAACCCCUCAGAUAAGGAAACAUACUUUGAUCUUGAUGUACAACUGGUUCACAAGCUCUGUUCUCUACCAAGGCCUCAUCAUGCACAUGGGCCUUGCGGGAAGCAAUAUCUACUUGGACUUCUUCUACUCUGCCUUGGUGGAAUUCCCAGCCGCCCUCCUCAUCAUCCUCACCAUUGAUCGUAUAGGUCGUCGGUCUCCAUGGGCUGCAUCAAAUAUGGUGGCCGGGGCAGCCUGUCUCGCCUCGGUUUUCAUCCCUAAUGGUCUCCAUUGGCUAAGAGUUAUAGUUGCGUGUUUAGGUAGAAUGGGGAUUACAAUGGCCUUCGAAAUGGUUUGCCUGGUCAACGCAGAGCUUUACCCCACGUUCAUCAGGAAUCUGGGUGUCCUUGUCUGUUCCUCCAUGUGUGACAUCGGUGGCAUCGUCACACCGUUCCUGGUCUAUCGGCUCACUGAUGUCUGGCAUGAGCUCCCGCUGGUGGUUUUUGCGGUGAUUGGCUUGGUUGCUGGGGGACUGGUGUUGCUGCUCCCGGAGACCAAAGGGAAGGCUUUGCCUGAGACUAUUGACGAAGCUGAAAACAUGCAGAGACCAAGAAAAAAUAAAGAAAAGAUGAUUUAUCUCCAAGUCAAGAAACUAGACAUUCCCUUAAACUAAGAAGAGAGACCACUCUUGCCAUGGCCUUGCUGUGAUGAUACAAGUCCAGAACAGAUGUUUCUCCAAGCACCACAGAGCCCAUGGAACUCAACCUCACUCCCCUUUGAACCCUACUAACUUAGGUCUGUAGCCAAAUAGAGUUUGUUGUCCUACUGUAUUAAAAUCUUCCCAUAGGACCAGAUCCUACCAAACCCUACCAGCUCACUCCGUUCCCAGCAUUCCUAGGACAGUGCUAUUGGGGUGCUGGGAAUUGUUUUCAUCUUUGUAUUUCUUUAUUUUAUUCCUUUCUCCACAAUGGUAUCAAACCAAAACACAUAGGGGAAUUGUGGGCCAGGAAAACAAAAUAGAAAAGAUCUGAAAAACAA